AUGUUGGCUUGUAAACCCGCCUCAACUCCUGUAGAGGUUAGUCACCAACUCACUCCUAACACAGGGAAACUUCUUGCAGACCCUUCCACAUAUAGACGACUUGUUAGUCGCCUACUCUACUUCACAGUCACUUGGCCAGACAUCACUUAUGUUGUUAAUCUCCUUUCACAAUUCACGUCUGCACCAUGUGACAUGCAUUGGCAAGCCGCACUUAGGGUUGUACGUUAUCUCAAAAGAUCACCAGAUCUUGGCAUUCUUUUAUCUACACAUUGCUCUUUAAAGUUUCAUGCCUAUUGUGAUGCUAAUUGCGCUUCAUGUCCAACCACACGACGCUCAACUACAGGAUACUGCACUUUUCUAGGAACAAACCCCCUAUCUUGGCGAACAAAGAAGCAAAGAACAGUAUCACGAUCCUCUGCUGAAGCUGAAUACCGUGUCAUGACCAAUGCAGCUAGUGAAAUCAAUUGGCUUCAAUUACUCCUAUCAGAAUUAGAUAUACCAGUUCAUCCUCCACAAUUGCAGUGUGACAAUCAAGCGUCUAUCCACAUUGACAAUAACCCCGUCUUUCAUGAAAGGACUAAACAUGUGGAAAUCGACUGUCAUUUCGUACGAGAGAAAAUCAAUGACGGAACACUAUGCACUACUUUCGUUCCAUCCAAUUAA